CACUGGAAAAAAGUUUAAAGAGAGGUAACGGAAAGACCGAGACGCAAAACAUGAGCAGCGAGACUGACAGCUUUAUUCUCAGACGGAAAGACGAGCGGGGAGCAUUGCCAAUAUGCCAAUAAACUGAAACAGAUUUUCCAUUAUUUCACCAUCGAAAUUACAUUUAAAACUCAGAAGACGCGUGAAGGAGUCGAGCUGUUAGUGAUCCCAAGUAGAUAAAUACAGUGUAGACCCCAGACCUGCUGCUGCAAGCACGGGGAGGAUGAUUCAUACGGUUUCUUUCCAACUGAUGUUGAUUCUCAUCCUUUCCUCACAGACAGAAGGGGAUCACAAGACAAAGCAACUUGAGAUCACUGCAGGUCAUGUGUUUCCACUCGAGUGUAAGCAAUUUCUCCAAGAGGACACUGAAGUGAUCUGGAGUUGGGGGCAGAAGCAGAACUCCGAUGAGCACGGUGUUCCUGCAGGAGUGAGGCUUAGAAAUCAGUUACUGUGGUUCUUUCCUGCACAGCCCUCACACAGUGGAAACUACUCUUGUAAUUUCAGGCGCAAGGGGAGAAAAGAAGAAACAGUGGUCAACAUUUCUGUAGCCAAUAGGACAUGUCCCUCAGUGAAGUCCUUCCCAUUCACCUUAAAAAAGGGCAUUAAUCAGUUCCUCGACUGUAACUUUGGCCACAUAAGCAAAAUCCUCAAUUUAGGUGCUGAUAUUCAUGUGACCUGGAUGAAGGACUGCAGCCCUCUUCCUUCAAAAGAGAUCAUUCUUCAAUUUUUGAAUGUUAAAGAAAGUGACAGAGGAGAGUACACCUGCUUAGUGAAUUUUACCCAUGAAGGAAAUUGGUACACUGCUGCCCAGACCCUGACAGUGUCUGUGGUUUCUGGUUCAAUUCCACAGAAGCCCACAGUUGUCAAACCACAUCAACAGGAAACGCAUACUGUUAAAGUUGGUAUAAGAUAUGAGUUGAACUGCAGAGUGUUUGUUGGAACUGGUGAAGAUGAUACAGAACCUACCGUAGUUUAUUGGUUGGUGAACGGUAUUUAUUCUGAAGAUAUUCCAGAAUCCAUUGUUACUGGUGAUGUCAACUGUACCUCAGUGGACAACACAAAGUACUGUGAAAGGAAGCUUACCAUUUUGGAAGUUCAGGCAAAAUUUCUGCACAUACCUUUUAUGUGUUUCAUCACAAACUCCAAAGGUACAAGCAAUGGCACACUGACACUUGUCCCAGCCAGUCAGAAUGAGCUGUAUUGCGGGGUGGCGCUGCUUGUUGCUUAUACGAUGGUCGUACUGGGUUUGCUGGUUUUACAUUUCUUCAAGGUUGACCUGGUUCUAGCUUACAGAAAGCUGAGCCCAUGUUUAAAAACAUCAAGCGAUGGGAAGCUUUAUGAUGCCUAUGUCAGCUAUCUCCAUGGCAGUGAUCAGAGUAAAUGUUCUGCAACAGCCUUUGCCUUGGAUGUCCUACCGGAGGUGCUAGAGGAUCAUCUUGGUUACAAACUAUUCAUCAGUGGUCGUGAUGACCUACCAGGAGCAGCUGUCCCUGAUGUCAUUGCUGAUACAGUUGGAAAAAGCCGACGGUUAAUCAUCAUUCUUACAUCUCAGGCCUUCACCAAGCCUAUAAACAGUGCUACAGUGGGACUUCUGCAGGGAAUAUCUGCUGAACAUGUGAGCAUAAACAAUAAUAAUACAGCAAUUGAUCCUGCUGUCUCCUGCCCAGCUGGAACAUAUGGCUUAAGCUGGGGUCCGUAUGAGUGGUGGAUGGGUCUGUAUGAUGCCCUGGUUAAAGAGGGCCUGCAAGUCAUCUUGGUCCAGGUGGGAGCAAAGGUGGACGAUGCCCAGCUGCCAGAGUCACUGCGCUACAUCUGCUGUACUCAGGGUGUCCUGCACUGGAAGCAACACUACUCUACCAAGCCUGACGCAAAAUUCUGGAAGCAGCUACGUUACCGUAUGCCACUUGUGUAGAAGGCCAAACUGGGUUCUGUAGUCUAAAGCUGGUGUGGUUGUAUGUGCUAGUGGGAAUAGCUACACCUGUGAUGUGUACAUAAAAAUCAUGCAAAUCAUUUAUUUCACAAAAAUGCACAAUUUCAGAACAAUGUUCAAAAAAACAGCUCUUCGGUUACGUGAUACAUUUUGAAUAUUGAGUUUUGAGUAUUUUUAAUUAUGAUAUUUUAACAUAAUAUAGUGUUAAAUAGUAAUUGCAGAAGUUUAAAAUGCAUAUGUUUAACAGAAAUGUAUAAAUGCUAUAUUUAAAACAAGCAAAAACAAUAACACUGAGAGAAAGAUUACAUUUAAAAGAUUCACAGUACAUCCUUCAGUUUUUACCUGUUGUAGAUGUUAGUUGAAUAAAAUAUUCUUCUCUUCUUUUUAAACAGUUAAAAGUUGAGCUCAGUUCAGACAUUCUGUAAGCAGUGAACAUCAGUUUGUGAUGUCUGUGAUGUCAUGUGGUUGCACUGAAAUCAGUCCUGUCGUAAUAAGACAAUAAAAAAGUUUGUCUCUUGA